AUAAGAGGAAUGCGUUCAUUGUAUAAAGACAGUUGUUGCCUCAGCUUGGUUGUUGUUUGUAUUCAGCAUCCAUCACUACAUCUCCAUUCAUACACACAUCUCCCCUCUGAUAUACAACGUCAAUGCUAUCCACCAGAACAGCAACACGAGGAUCACUAGCCUCAAACCGUGCCGUUGCCCAACUUUUCAAGUGUUCUAACCUCAGACUCCAACCUGUCUUGAUCGUGGUACAGCGCUCGCCACUCGGUCAACGCCACUUCUCCUCUUCACCACGCGACGUCAAAGACCAGAAGUUCUUCGAACAUGUGCAGACAGCCAAGGUGCGAACAACACCAGCAGCAUGGCCCCAUCCAGUCUACAACGAGGAGCAGAUGAACUCCGUCGUCAUAGCCCACCGUGAAGCAAAAACCCUCUCCGACAAAGUCGCCCUCAAAGCCGUCAAGCUCCUCCGCUUCGGCCUCGACUUCGCCACGGGCUACAAGCACGAAAAAGCCCAAGACCUCAAUGCGCAGAACCCCGAAGCCGCACGCAAAAAAUACGCCAUGACGGAGGAAAAAUACAUGAUCCGCAACGUGUUCCUCGAGAGCGUUGCCGGCGUGCCCGGCAUGGUCGCCGGUAUGCUACGCCACCUCCAUUCCAUGAGACGCAUGAAGCGCGACAACGGAUGGAUCGAAUCCCUCCUCGAAGAAAGCUACAACGAACGCAUGCACCUCCUCGUCUUCCUCAAGAUGCAGCAACCCGGCCGCUUCAUGCGCUUCAUGGUGCUCGCCGCGCAGGGCGUAUGGUGCAACGCGCUUUUCUUCGCGUACUUGAUCAGCCCGCGCACCGUCCACCGCUUCGUCGGCUACCUCGAGGAAGAAGCAGUCAUUACGUAUACGCGCCAGAUUCAGGAUCUGGACGCGGGCCGUCUGCCGAAGUGGGCGGGUAUGCAGGCCCCGGAUAUUGCGGUCGAUUACUGGAAUAUGCCGGAGGGUAGGAGGACGAUGCGCGAUUUGCUGCUUUAUAUUCGUGCGGAUGAGAGUAAACAUCGAGAGGUCAAUCAUACGUUUGGCAACCUCGAUCAGAAUGAGGACCCGAAUCCGUUUGUCAGCGAGUAUAGGGAUGUGGAGAAACCGCAUCCGGGGAAGGAUCUGGCUCAUCCUAAACCGACGGGGUGGGAGAGGCAUGAGAUUAUCUGAUCGGAUCGGAUCUGACCUGACCUGGUCUGAUUUGGUGGAUGAGGAGUUGUUUCCGUGUCGUGGUUGGCGCGUGUUUAUGCGUCCUUUUUCUUCUCUUCCUUCUCUUCCUCUCUUCUUCUAUCUCUCCACUCUGCGAGAUGGCGUUUCUCUGCAUUUUGUUUUUUGGCGCAUAUUAUGUGGUGGAUCGAUACCAUACCAUACCACACCAUACCAGACUUGAUACCAUGCCUUACAGAUCCAGAUCUCACCGAGAAAAUAUACCAUACACUCCAAGAUCCUACACAUCACUUCACUAGAUAAGCAGUCCUUUCAAACCCCACGCA